AUGAAGACCACCGCCAUGCUCAUGAUCGUCGCCUUCAUCAGCAGCGCUCUAUCUCUCGAAGUCAAGGACGCUUCAACUCCGGGUGGUGGAACUCCAGGCUCGCCGGCCUGCGGCCGCCAAUGCCUGAUCACAAUUUCCCCAGUUGGCGGGGCCUCCACCCAGAGGUCCGAUGGCUUCCCUGGCUCUUGUAAGGAGUACGCCACUGGCCAGCUCAAGGGUAUAAACCGUUCUGUUGAUGGAGGGCGUCUCAACAUAAAUGGUGUUGGAGGAAACCUCGUCAUCGACUUUGUUGUCGCGAUCGCCGUGCUUCCUUCACCAAUUUCCCUCAGCGUAUUUGUCUGCUUACAAGGACCCAGCAGUGAAAAGACAAAGCCAGUUAUGUAUCUCGGCUUCUAA